AGGUAUGAGUUUUUCUUUUGCUCUUCGAACUUGAACUUUUUUCUUCUUUUCGUUUAAUCUUAUGUCCCAUUGAAUUCCUAUGGAUUCAUUUGCUCUUCUCAGUUGAAGAAUCGUUCUAAUCAUCGAUAUCAAAAUAACAAAAUUCGAGUAUUGAAAUCGCUAAGUGUCACCAUCUAUUUAAUUUCAUCCAAAUUUGCGAGUGGAAAUUUAUUUAAAUCAGUUAUUCAAAGAGACUAUCAGUGAAUUGGUUUUGGACUUUAAACACAAUCGCUCGUCGAACGGAUUUAAAUUGAAAUAUUAGAGCUGAGAAAAUCAGAGGAAAAAAGUGACUACAAUUAGUUAAUUGUGAUUAACAUUGUAAAACAAAUUGCAACUCAGAUAAUAAAUAUAUUCUGGUGUUUUGGCAAUUCAUGAGCGCUCUUAUUCAUGAUUUGGGACAAGUUAUCAUUACCUUAUUAUGUUACAUGUUACAUUUAAGUGGUUUUAAUUGUGGCUCUGUUAAUUUCUAAAUACCAAAUUAACAAGUUGAUUGUGUGACUAACAAAUCUGGAAUCGGAAUAUACAUCUUGGUGACCAUUUGAUUACCAUGGAUCCUGAGAAAUCAACGGAACUUUUUGUUCCAACUCAAUUGAAUUAUGUUCAUUUCGAUGAGACUCCCGAUCUUUAUAAGCAUACGGAAAAAUCGAGAAUCUAUUUUUACAAUUCGGAUGAAAAUAAAUGUGACAAUUUAAUUGAUUGUGUUGAAACAAGUUUAACUGAUUCAAUUAAAGAAUCAUCAAUUUUGAUCACUUCUUCAACAGUUAACUUACCAAUUAACGCUCUAUGUAAAUCAUCAUCCAGUGAAUCGGAUGCAUGUAGUUCAACCCGUUUACUUGAUAAUAAUAAUAUUGAUGAUUCAAUUGUUGGCUAUGAGAUGACAUAUAAAUCAGAUAAAUUAUCAUCCUUACACCAUCAUCAACAGCAAAAUCAUCCUCAUCAUCCCAAUCCAUUGACAACAAUGAUUGAAAUGUCCAAUAAAUAUCAAGUGAGUGACAUAAGUUACACUGACCUUAAGCCCACAAGUCCAGUUACUUUAACCUCAUCUGAAAGUGAAACUUUUUGGUCAAAAGUUCACAGCUCAAUGUCUUCAAACAUACGUCGUCGUUAUCUUGACUCUCAUCGUGCCAACGAAUCGCCCUCAUCAUCAACAGGCCAAAGAUCAUUUUUCGGCUGUCCAAUUAGUAAAACUCGUUUCUCAUUGAUAUUAAUCUGUACUCUCUUGACCAGUGCCUUCACCAUCUUUUUCUUUGGUCUAUUAACUUUGUCAGAGUUUCCACUUUGGAAUAGUUUGAUUAACUUUCAACCCUUUAAAUUUGCUUCUCAUGGUUAUUCAUCUCCAUCUCUAUCUCCAUCGUCUGGAUCAUCUUCAUCCUCAUCUUCUUUAUAUGGACCAUUGGGCAGUGAAGGAGCAAAAUGGUGGCACGAUGCCUUAGUUUAUGAGAUUUUUGUUGCCUCCUUUAAAGAUUCAGAUUCUGAUGGUUUUGGUGAUAUUAAAGGUAUUCAUGAAAAGUUAUCUUACCUGCGUGAUUUAGGUGUGACCAUAAUCCGUUUGAAUUCAAUAUUUCACGCUUUGGAUUAUCCCUAUUCGUAUGAAAAUGUAAUUAACUUUACACGACUUGAUCCUCAUUUAGGUGAAAUUGGUGAUCUCAAUAAUUUAGUGACUGAACUUCAUUCAAAAGGGAUGAAAUUAAUUCUAGAUAUUAACUUAAGUAUCACAAGUGACCAGCAUCCUUGGGUAGCUAAUUGGUUAGCCAAUACAUCAUCAAAAUACAGCAAUCAUUACGUAAAUACAUCAGUAAUUACGCCGAUUGUCCAUAAUGUCGUUGAUACGAACCAUCUUCAUCAACUUAAUCAUAAUCAUAAUCAUCUAUCUCAUUAUCCGUUCGGUGGUUACUUUUAUCUCAACUGGUCGAACCCAAUUGUUCAGACAAAUAUGAUAAGUUGCCUUCAAUUCUGGUUACAACAUGGAAUCGAUGGGUUUUACCUGUUAAAUAUUAACGAAAUUCACCUUGACCCUGAAUACCCUGAGGCGAUUUUAGAAAUUCUUGACUCAGUUCGUUCUUAUGUAACCUCAUUUCGAUCACAUUCUUGGCCAGGAGAGAAAAUUUUACUCGCCAAUAGACAAUCUCUUGAUAUAAUUAAUGAAAGACUUCGAUCAGCUCGAGCUGACCAAUUAUUAGAUCAUUUUCAUCAUCCUCAUCAUCAUGAUAACUUAUUUCCAGAGGCAAUUCAAAUGGAUGAUCAAGUUAUCAAAGGGUCAAGGAAACAUAUUAAAUCCUCGCCAUUUAGGUCAACUAAUAAUAAUGAAAAAAAUGUAUAUUAUUAUUUUGAUCUGGUCAAUAUUUUCUUAACAAUUGAGCUCAAUUCAUCGGAUAUUAUUCGUGAUCAAGUUAACGGGUAUUUCCUUAAUACACCUAAAAGCCGCCCUUGGGUCCUUUGGUCAAUCGGAAGUGUCACCAAGUCCCGUUUAGCGACAAGAGUCGGUAAAGAUUACACAUUAGUUUCAACCUUUCUACUCGUCAUGUUACCUGGAUCGAUAAACUUUUUUUACGGCGACGAAAUUGGUCUAACUGAUGCGAUCGACUCAGUAUCAGGAAAGGAAUAUCGAGCUGGUCAAUUGUGUCCAAUCCCUUGGACAUCAGAAUUGAAUGGAAACUUUUCCAGUGGAAAUUUAUCUCAUCCUUGGCUUCCGGUUAAUUCAAAUUAUCUAUUGAAUAAUAUUCAACGAGAGUCUGAGACAAUUAAUCGUCUUCAACAGUUAAUUGGUUUUCGUCAAUAUAAUUUAAGGUCAGGGUGGACGGAGAAACAGGGAAAUUAUUUAUUCCAUUAUGUUAAUGAAGGUUUUCUUGCCCUUGAGCGAUACUUUACUCGGACAAUGGUCACUGGAACCAUUUUGAGACAUCGAUUUGUACUUUUCGCAAAUAUUGGAACCAUUGGUCGAAUAAAAGAUUUUACCGAUAAAUUUCACUUUGGAACAAUUAAAAUUACAUCUAAUCCAAAGAGAAUUCAAGAUUUUCUCUAUUUAAGAUCUUUAAACUUAGAACCAGGGGAGGCUUUAAUUGCCGAAAUGGAAUAAAAGAAAUGAUUAACUAAUCAGAUUCUGAUUAAUCAAGUGACCAGAUAAAUGAUUGAUCAACUAAUCAGCAAAAUUUUAUGAAUGAUUGUCGCUGAUUAAAUUGUCAAUUUACUUGAUUGUAAACUAAUCACCAAUUGUAAUACAUUUUCAAUUCAAAUUGUAAGAUAAAAAAAAUGAACAAUGAAACAUUUUUGCUUUGUAAAUUGUAAACAUAAAAUUUAUUGUUUAGUGCCUUCAAGUUAAUUGUAAUUAUGUUAAAUCUUAUUGUUUAGAAAUGAAAAAUAAAACAAUUAAUAAUUUAACUUAUUUAAUUGUGUUAAUUAACUGAGACAA